CUCUUAUCUUUUAGAAACAUUGAAGAGUAGAAUAAAAAGAUCCAUAAUGGGUGAGGUGCAGGAAAUAGGUGAGAUGAAGAAGGACUUUACCAAAAAUACCAUUGGAAGGUCUGAAACCAAAGCCAGACUUGCCGUUUUGGAACUUGCCCACAUAAUGAGUGUCCCUAUGUCCCUCAUUACUGUCCUUAGAUUUAAGGUACCCGAAGCCAUAAUGCAAGAUGGUUCCAACACUCCCCUCACCGCCGCCGAAAUCCUCUCCCGCAUCCGUCCCCACGGCGGCGCCGACGCCGAGAACCUCCAGCGCCUCCUCCGGUUGCUGACCAGCUAUGACAUCUUCGAUGAGCACUUGAGCAGCAGUGGCCAAAGGAAAUACUCCCUCACUCAUAUCGGAAAAUCUCUCGCCGACGAUGACCAAGGUCUAUCCUAUGCAUAUUACAUGCUCCAACACCACCAGGAUGCUAUGAUGCGAGCAUGGCCAUUGGUGGGGGAAGCAGUGGAGGAUACAAGUGUGGAACCAUUUGAAAAGAUAAAUGGCGAGGCACCAAUAGAUUACUACUCUAAGAGGCCAGAUGAGGUGAACUUGUUUCAUAAAUCCUUGAGUGGGAUGUGUGUACCCUUCAUGAGGGAACUGCUUCAAGUUUAUGACGGCUUCCAAGGAGUGGAAACCCUAGUUGAUGUUGCUGGCAAUAAUGGAGUCACUCUUCGCAUGAUUAUGGACAAAUACCCUAACGUGCUCAAGGGCAUCAACUUUGACCUCCCAGGAAUGGUGGCUGCUGCACCGGAGAUUCCAGGCGUAACACAUGUUGGUGGUAACGCGUUUGAAUCUGUUCCCUCCGGAGGAGAUGCUAUCUUCGUCAAGUGGGCAUUUUUAACAUGGACAGACGAGGAAUCCGCGCUAGUGUUUCAAAAUUCUUAUAAGGCACUUCCAAAGAACGGAAAAAUGAUUGUUUGCGAACCAGUGCUGCCAGAGCUUACAGAUGAGAGUCACCGAACAAGAGCAUUGCUUAGUGCUGACAUAUUCAUAAUGACAAUGUAUAGAACAAAGGGCAAGCACAGGACUGUACAACAAUUUGAACAGCUUGGCAUUGCUGCUGGUUUUUCUCAUUUUCGUGCCUUCUAUGUUGAUGCUUAUUUGGUUAUACUUGAGUUUCACAAAUGAGAAAGGUAAGCUUCCAAGUGUGAUGUUAUAAUAAUUAUCUGCUGAAACCAUGAAUGGUGGGGAAAAAUAAUUAGGAACAAUAGUAUUCUGACAUUUGUUGAGAUUGUUCCUUGUGUCAAUAAAUCUUCCUCGUAAUAAAUUUGGAACUAGCUCGCUUCUUUUUCUUUUUAA